AUGAUUCCAAAUCUAUUCCAGAACCCGUGGUCCAUGAACGGCGCGGAGUUGAAAAACCCCCAGCAUAUGCCCGCCAACAAUGCUGUUGGGCUUCCCCAAGACAACGAAAUCCCGGUUGACGGUGAACCACAUCUAUCCACUGAACGGCGGCGACGGGGACACUCCCAGAAGGCUAUGCUUUCAAAAGCGCUGCAGAAAGCGAAUACUGCGGUUCUUCUUGAUAAUGCAGCUAAUUUCGAAGGCGCCAUGGAUGCCUAUAGUGAUGCCUGCCAACUUUUACAGCUGGUGAUGCUUCGGAGUAACGGGGGCAAAGAUGAAAAGCUCAAACUUCAAGAAAUUCGCGACACGUACAUGAUUCGAGUCACCGAGCUGCAACGCAUGGACUUCUCUUUUCGGGGACGUGAAAGCAAGGCACUUCCGGAACGCCCGCUGAGUCAAGAGUCUUACGGGGGCCUUUCUCAGUCAGUUGAGGAUGAUGAGGCUGGGGUUUUAUCUGGGGAUCAUGCUCAACAUCUACAUCGUUUCUCCGGUCCUCGUCUUUCUCUGACGGAGGAAUCAAGACCACUGGUUCUCGAUCAAGUUCCACCAAGACGCCAGUCGCUUUUACCUUCUGUGCUGGAUGACCCGCGAAAUACAACCACAUUGGCGGUUCUUGAUGGACAUGCUGAUGGUUCCCAUUUCGAAUCAUUCCCCAGGGCUUCAGGAACGGAUCAUUUAGAUACGUUAGCUUCACCCGCUGCAGAUCGUCUUGCAGAAACGCUUACCCCAUACCAAACCUUGCUUGACAAUUCACGGUAUUCCGAUUUACCGGCGAGUCAGACACAUCCUAGGGAUAUAUACGAGUCAACCUCCUGGCUUGAUACUAUCGAUGAAUCUGGCGCAUCAUCUCCUGCUUCCAUGGGCUCGAAAGCGUCGUCGGUGUAUCUUCGUCACAGAGGAAGUCGCCUGUUCGGUCACACUACAGAGGCCGAUUUUGAUGCUGCUCUCGAUGCCGCCGUUGAGGCUGCCUACGACGAAGGCCUGGAGCCCGCAAUAGAAUCAAGUGAGGAGCCCCGCAGUGAUGAUGUUGUAGCAAAUGCCCGCAGGAAUGUUGAGUUGGCAAAACAAAAAGUCCGAGAGGCCGAACGAGAGGCCGAAGUGGCUAUGACGCGCGGCCGAGACGUGCAUUCAAACCAGGAGCAACCGCCAAUUGAUCAAUCUCUGGGCGUUGACUUGGGUUAUCUUGAUGAAGAAGCCGAGGAGGAGGAACGUUUAUUGGAAGAGAUGACUAGGGAAUACGUGAUGGAUGAAUUUGAAUUUGAUCUUCAAUCCAAGUCUGCUCUUCCUCGACAAUCAGAUUCGAGCAACCUGUCCGGAAGAACCUGGGAUAGCUCAGCGGCAUCUCAAACAACCAUGGCUGGCGCAGCCUUGUCUCCGCUUGCAGAAGAUAUCCCUAGCGAAGACGCAAACGUACAACCGAGCCGAACAGAUCCAAACAAUAUAGCCGGUGCUUCCUCCGUCCUCACCAAACCAGCUCUUCCACCAGUGCUGGGACCAAGUGUACGAGAACGGAGAAUGUCGCGGCAAAAAACGGCUGAAUUGAAAAUCGAAACACGGCUCAAAAACAGCACUGAUCUAUCUGGACAGAGUAAAGCUUCAGCGCCGCCCAGUUUUCGACCACCAUCCCCACCACUUAAAGAUGAACCCAAGACCGGUUUCCCCAUGAACAUAGCCAAGUCUUUGGACCGCCCCGCUUCAAGGUCUGCUGUACAUCCAAGCAGGCGGAAUGCAUCUGUGGGCUCUUUCAUCGGAGAGGUCCCCGCAAAGACAAGCCUCGGCCGGGCUACAGAUGAUGUCGAUACGACCGAAUCUGCAAAACUACCAUCACCGGUGCGUCCAAUUGGGAAAAUUCCUUCGGCGCCAGAUAGCUUGGACAAGCCUCACUUGGGACCGAAAUCAAUCCGAACCAGAAAUGUAUCAGUCUCGGGUCUUGAUUCGACUCAAGAAUCCCCAGGUACCCCAUCGAACAAUGCUUUCCCUCUAGAUUAUCAGAAGGGAACGACCGCUGCUGCUGCGCCAAUUUUGCCCACGCCCACCGGCUCGAGCUUUGCUCCCAAUGGUCUUCCUAGUGGCGGCUUAUACCUUUUUGACAAUCACAUCCAUUCGCCCACUAGUCUUGGUUCUCCCAACUUGAUGGCCACUAAUGCGCCCUUACCCCUUGAGCCUUGCCCUGAAUCCUUUCUGCUGCGCCCUUUCUGGCUUAUGCGAUGUAUUUUCCAAACGAUCACCCAUCCUCGUGGUGGUUAUUUGACGACGAAGUUGUUCGUUCCUCGCGAUGUAUGGCGAGUGAAGAACGUGAAAAUCAAGGCCGUUGAAGAGAAAGUCUCGAAUUGUGAUCUGCUAACAGCAGCAUUGCUUAAAUUGGCCAAGGUGGAUACUUAUGACGCCGAUGCUGUACUAGAGGAGAUGCAGUCGCUGGAAAGUAUUCUCGACCAGGUGCAAAUAUCCUUAUCUAAAAAGGUCGGCAGCGAUGUUGGUGUCCAGGGCGCCAUGCCACUUUUCAAGUCUUCCCAAUCUACCGAGGAUCCCACACACGUCGACACUCUACCCUCAAAGUCCUCAACUGGAGCUGGGAAGUCAUACUUGAGCUCCUGGCGCAAACUGCGAUCCAAAAACUCCGGAUUUGGCGUUACAACGUCGCUUUCCAGUUCGAGGGAUGCCAACAAAGACAACCUCACGAUAAGCUCACUUCCUAUGACUCUGAUUCCCAGUGCGCAACUCAUCAAACACACUGUGAAUCAGCACCAAUUUAGUGGACCCAACGCAAAUUACAUGGGUGCUUUGGCUCGACUGUGUGACGCAGCUCAAGUAUUAGAUCAAAUUGCUCAGCAAGUUGAAGAUCCAGGUCUCAAGCACUCAUCCCAGACACUUGUUGGUCUCGAAUUAAGCACGCGCCAUGCUGCAGAAUUCUUUGGUUUCUACAUAUGCCGUUUUGCUUUGGCUGACAUCGGAGUGAUGCUUGACAAGUUUAUAAAACGAGGUAGUGAAUGGGUUCUAGUAUAA